AUGUAUAGAUUUGUUCCUGGCACCGUCGGUGGUGUUGGGUCCAGACGUAAACUAUCUCACAAAACAUGCGAGUCCUGCAAAAAGCGGCAUAAACGAUGUGUUCAUGAUCAAAAGACCACCCAAUUAGAUGACCGAAAGAGGUCAGCACUGGCUUCGUCGCUCAGCUUUGCAGAAAUUCCCAAUUUAUCUGACCCUGAUGUUAACGGGGGGCUGACAAACAAUGUCAAUGGCUACGCUUCAGUCCCAGAGUCGCAAACCCUUUCAGAAGAUGGAAUUUGCCACGCGCCAGAACAAGCGGAGCGACCACCUGAAAGCAGUCGAAACCGCUUUGUUGGUAACCUCAGUCCAGAGGCGUUUUUCUUUGCGACUGGCAAUCAAGCCGUUGAUAGCGACGACCAACGUACUAACGUUGGCGUUUGGCUAGUAUCUCGCCAGCCUGCGUUGGAGAAACACCAGGAUACUACUUUGGGUAUUGAUGACCAUGGCCAAUCAACUACUUAUGCUUCUCUCCCACUGCCGAGCUCGUUCAACCUGCAAGGCAUGUUUCCCCAACUUCAGAAACAGUGGAUAUCUGUCCUCCCACCAGACUACGAGUUUAAGCUCAUGUCCAACAUAUACUUUUCUAAAUUUGAUCCAAUAUUUCCCGUCAUUCAUGGCGACAAUAUUGAAGAGCUUGAGGAUAUUGAAUCCUUGACACUCAAGCAAUGCAUUUGCCUGGUGGCUUCUCUCGACCCCUCGAUGAAACCCCAUCUCAGACUCGCUCACACCGAUGGUGUGAUAUCUCAAUUGCAAUUCUGCUCUCGCAUUGCAGAAACUCUCAAGUCCAUCUUACAUACCGGGAUUAUCCGUGAUAAGAUGUUGCUACUGCAAAUAACCGCUUUGUUGGCAUUUUUCGUUGAUAAGCCCAGCUCUAGCGAGAUAUCAUCAUACUACUGUGCCCAGGCAGUAGAGAUAUCUCAGACACUUGGGCUACAUGUCUCACGUCCCGGUGAAACCGAAGCAUUAGAGAAGUCGCAUCGUUUGUUCUGGUGUAUAUGGGCGCUGGAUCGACUCAAUGCUGCUACAAACGGGAGGCCUACCCUUAUUCAUGAGCGCGAUAUCGGUGAACAGAUACUAGCCUUUGUUCCUGAGCACCUUCCAUGUUUUCGGCUGUUUCUUCGCAUAUGCAAAUUUCUCGACGACGUAAUAUCUCAGUAUCGGCCUCGACCAGUGCUUCACUCCAAUGUAGGAGAAAUGCCCGUUCCCGAUUAUGAAAGCCUUGUUUGUGAGACGGCUGCAACAACAGUGGACACCCCAUUAAUUGCUUCAAUGGAGAUCUUCUAUCUCGCUGUCCGAAUUCUUGCAUGUCAGCCCCAGAGUCAAUCAGGUGGCCCUAAUCGAGCCCCGAGCUCGGAUGCUCAAUCCUCUUCAGCGGCUAGCAUACUCUCGAUCGCUUCUGGAGAUCUGAAACCCUCCAUUUCCUACUGGGUUGCUUUGCCUUACGCCAUUUCGCUAGCAAUAUCGGUCGAAUACCAAACUCUCCGAAACAGCAAAAUCCCAUACGCACGUAAACGCGCUCACUACCGUUUCCAUCAAACUCGGGAGGUUCUCGAUGGACUGGGCGAUACCUUUUUUUCUGCUCGCGUUAUGGCCCGGCUAGCACAAGACACUCUCAAAGAAGCGAGAAAGUCUAGGGCGUCUGUAACAAGAAACAGAGAUGAAAACUCGCUCCCAACUCGGAAUCAUCACUCUGGGCUUUUUACGAGCACCGACACUCAUCUGCACUACACUCGUCCGCCCGACAGUCCACUUCAUCCGAAUGAUUUCGAAACUACCACUCUACCACCCAGUCAUCUUCAUGGGAUUCUCCCAGCAAGUGAUGAAGAUUGGGCGACGUUUGAUAAUUGCAGCUUUUCGGAAAUCAAUGGUGGUUUUGAUGCGCUUGAUGAAACUUUUGAUUUAAGCCGAGUUGAUACCCUUUUCUCAACCAAUCUUAAUCCGACAAUGCCUUUGAUACCGACGGACUGGAUGGGAUUUUGA